UCUAAACUAGAAUAUUGACAUUUAAAGUAUACGAUAUAUAGAAUGAAUAUACAUCGUAUCCUCGCAUGAAAAAAAAAGGAUAAAUCAGAAGCGGUCAAGGUGAGGAUAUCAGCGUUUCGGAAAGUUCCAUUAGACCCGCGCGAGUGGAGAGACUCGUUCAAAAUCGUUUGCAGUUGCUCUCCUCUUCCACCUCAUCUCUCUUCAAACGAUCUUUCACAAACCAGCUUCAAACGAUACAGAGCUGACGAAAGAAGAGAAGAGACGAUCUUCAAAAUUAGGAUCGGAGUUGUUAGAUAAGCUAAUCUAGCGAAGAUGAUGGUCGAGGAUCUCGGUGUGGAAGCCAAGGAAGCUGCUGUACGUGAGGUCGCCAAGCUGUUACCCUUACCGGAGCUUCUGCAAUCCAUUUCUUCAAUCAAAGCCGAUUACAUCGCUCGUCAACAGGCGAAUGAUGCACAGCUUAGUACCAUGGUUGCUGAGCAGGUUGAGCAAGCUGAGGCUGGGCUUGAGGCGCUUUCCGCAUCUGAGAAAACCAUCAAUGAGCUGCGGGAUAACUUCAUCUCUAUAGACAAGCUUUGUCAGGAAUGUCAAACUUUGAUUGACAAUCAUGACCAGAUUAAGCUUCUGAGUAACGCCAGGAAUAAUCUUAACAAGACUCUAAAGGAUGUAGAAGGUAUGAUGUCUAUUUCUGUUGAAGCUGCUGCCGCAAGGGACUCUCUGAGUGAUGAUAAGGAGAUUGUUAACACUUACGAGAGACUAACAGCACUUGAUGGUAAACGGAGAUUUGCCUUAGCAGCUGCUGGAGAAGAGGUUGGGCGGCUAAGGGAGUAUUUUGAAGACGUUGAUAGAACAUGGGAAACAUUCGAGAAGACACUCUGGGGUCAUGUUUCCAACUUCCACAAACUUUCUAAAGAAAGUCCACAAACGCUGGUUCGUGCUUUGAGGGUUGUUGAAAUGCAAGAAAUUCUUGACGAACAACUUGCUGAAGAAGCAGCAGAGGCUGAGGGAGAAGGUGCGAUGGCAUCUGUAGCAAAUCCUCGGAGGCCUGGCAAGAAAUCUACUACAACGUCAGCUUCGUCGAAGGGUCUUGCACAACAGAAGUUAAAAGUCCAAGGCAAAGGCUACAAGGACAAAUGUUACGAACAGAUUCGAAAGUCAGUGGAAGAUCGAUUCGAUAGGCUUUUGACGCUUGUAUUUGAAGAUCUAAAAUCAGCUUUGGAGGAAGCUAGAAUGAUUGGAGAGGAACUUGGCGAUAUUUAUGACUAUGUGGCUCCUUGUUUUCCUCCGAGAUACGAGAUAUUUCAGCUUAUGGUGAAUCUGUAUACCGAGAGAUUCAUUCACAUGCUCAGAUCGCUCAGUGAUAGGGCAACCGAUCUGACAAAUAUAGAGAUAUUAAAGGUUACUGGUUGGGUGGUAGAGUACCAAGAAAACUUGAUUGCGCUUGGUGUUGAUGAUUCACUAGCUCAAGUGUGUUCAGAGAGUGGUUCAAUGGAUCCUCUAAUGAAUGCAUAUGUUGAACGAAUGCAAGCUACGACGAAGAAAUGGUACAUGAAUAUCCUUGAGGCGGAUAAGGUGCAACCACCUAAGAAAACAGAGGAAGGAAAAUUAUACACACCGGCUGCUGUAGAUUUAUUCAGAAUACUUGGAGAGCAAGUGCAAAUUGUCAGAGAUAAUAGCACCGACGUUAUGCUAUACAGGAUUGCGUUAGCUAUCAUUCAGGUUAUGAUCGAUUUCCAAGCAGCUGAAAAGCAGAGAGUUGGAGAACCUGCUUCUGACAUUGGUCUGGAACCUCUUUGCGCUAUGAUAAACAACAACCUUCGCUGCUAUGACCUUGCCAUGGAAUUGAGUAAUAGCACUUUAGAAGCUCUUCCACAGAACUAUGCGGAGCAGGUGAAUUUUGAAGACACUUGCAAAGGUUUCUUGGAGGUGGCUAAGGAAGCAGUGCAUCAAACAGUUCGCGUUAUCUUUGAGGAUCCAGGAGUUCAGGAAUUACUUGUUAAGCUUUACCAGAAAGACUGGGCCGAGGGACAGGUUACCGAGUUUCUCGUGGCAACUUUUAGUGAUUAUUUCACAGAUGUGAAAAUGUAUGUGGAAGAAAGAUCGUUCAGAAGAUUUGUGGAAGCUUGUCUAGAAGAAACAGUCAUUGUUUAUGUUGAUCAUCUCCUAACACAGAAAAACUACAUCAAAGAGGAAACUAUUGAACGGAUGAGGCUGGACGAGGAGGUUCUCAUGGAUUUCUUUAGGGAGUAUAUAAGUGCAUCUAAAGUGGAGAGCAGAAUCAGAAUAAUGAGUGAUCUGAGAGAACUUGCAUCUGCGGAGAGUCUAGAUGCAUUUACACUCGUGUACUCGAACAUUCUUGAGCACCAGCCUGACUGCCCGGCCGAGGUAGUGGAGAAGCUUGUUGGACUUCGUGAAGGCAUACCAAAGAAGGACACCAAAGAGGUGGUACAAGAAUGCAAAGAAAUAUAUGAGAACACUCUGGUAGAUGGUAAUCCUCCAAAGACAGGCUUUGUAUUCCCAAGAGUCAAGUGCUUAGCUGCUUCCAAAGGAUCUCUCUGGCGUAAACGCAUUUAGAAUAAUAACGUUUGCGUCCGACUCCUUUUAUUUUCUUGCAUGAUAUCUUUUCAAUUUGUUAAUUCUAUGUUCUUUGGUUCUCUCUCAAUUCUUUUUACCUCUUCUGGCCUGGAACAUUUGUUGGCAACGCAAACUCUAGAACAUUAUUAUCGUAAAUUUGAAUUCUCUUUUUUUUUGGUUUUAGAUUUCUUUGCAUUUUUUGUUACAUAAUGUAUUCUUUAUUCGAAUUUGAUUGUUCGUUAAUAACGACUGAUGCACUCAAACAGA